AUCAACCUGAAUAGGCCUUUCUCGGCAUUUACUCAGUUCAUUCAAAGGCUAUUUCAAUUGAUAGAAACUCGCAAAGACGAGAAGUUGUCAUACUCGAAAUACAUUUUCGCCUCUUAUAAAAAAUAUAAUUAAAUACAUUUCCGGGAAAUUAAUAUUAUCGGACGUCAAAGCAACGCAAGCGUUAAGUCCAGUUGAAGAAAAGUAUUGAAAGCAACAAAUUAAAUAUGACGUCUUUCAUCAAUAAAAUAUUACUCUUGCUGGGGGCACUUUGCUGCAUGCAAGUAUGCACCGCCCUUAUGUGCUACGACUGCAACAGCGAGUACGAUCCCCGUUGUGGGGAUCCUUUCGAGCCCUACUCUAUUGGGGAGGUGAACUGCAGCAAGCAAGAGCCAUUGGAACAUCUUAAGGAUAAAUACAAGCCUAUGCUGUGCCGCAAGACUGUGCAGAAAAUUUAUGGGAAAACACGUAUAGUUCGCGGCUGUGGUUAUAUUCCUGAUGAACGCACUGAUAAAGAAUGUGUAAGGCGCUCUGGCACUCAUGAUGUAUCAGCUACCUAUUGCGCCUGUACCAAGGAACUAUGUAACACGGCCGUUGUCGGUGCAUCACAAAAGCCACUUCUUCUUGCAUUGGCCGCAGGAUUAACGCUGCUUGUGACAAGUCAAAGCAUACGAGUUCAGACAUCAUAAAUGUAUACUUUACGAAGUUUAUUUAUAACAUUUUUACAAAUUUAUUUUAAAAAGUCAUCGUUUUCGUUUUUGCAAUUUAAUGAGUAUUAGAAUAUAGCAAAACACUCGAAAUAAAAGAUAAAUAAAAAAUAAUUUGUUUUGUCAUCGUAAAAAUCAGAUAAUUAUUUAAAUUUUUACAUAAUAACAGAUACUUGUGGAAUUAUAAUUUUGAAUAACACAAAUGCGUAAUGACGCUUUUCUUGAAAGUGCAGACCACUAAAUACUUUGCGCCCAAGUCUCUUAGGCUUGCCUAAAAAGUAUUUCCACAUACAAAUAAAAUAUGUAAACAAAAAAAAAAAACAAACUAUACACGAAAGCAUAUUAUGCGUAGAAGAAAGUUUGUGAAAUAUAUGAAAGCUUCAUUGUUCGAUUUCUGGCUGUAUUUUCAUUUAGCUUAUUUAAUUCAGAUGUCUAAUGUAUGUACAUUUCGGCAAAAAGGCUGUAUCUGAGGUAAAUGAGUAUAUAUUGUGUUCGAUAAUUCAAAACAUUUUAAAUAUAUAGAUGUGGUACACAAAUUCACUUCUUCUAUUUCAUUGUAUGAAACGUAAAAUAUGAAAAUCUUUCCAGGCGCAGCACUUGUAUACCAUCCGUAAAUAUAAGGCAAUAGAAGUACCUUACUUAAUUAAAAUUAAACUAACCUUUUAUUCAGUCGUAAAGUCAAAACUGUGUAAAUGAAACGGCUCAAUUUAUUUCUGAAUAAUUUGUAAUCCAAUUAAAAAAAAAAAACAAAAUAAUACACAAACAAACAACUGCCAGUAUACAUCUCCGCCUAAUGAAAAAUGUAAUAUGCAACUAUCACGUACAUAACAUAUGAUGUCCUUGAUUAAAAAUAAUAAAUUUUUUGUGCUUGCAUAAAGUUACAACUUUAAUUAAUUUAGAAAACCUUUAUAAAUAAAAUUUAAAAUACUGAAAAUUACAAGAAAAUGUAUUUUGAACAGUCCUAGAAGAAUAUCUAAACGAAAAUCUUGAUAUGAGACGAAACGUUAAUUUAUAUAUAUAUACGUAUAUAUAUUUGAGUAGAGAAAAUAUUACAAAUAAUUUGGACACAAAAUCAUAAGACAUUUUUAAAAAUUUAAAUAAUUUUAAAAAACGUAAUGCAAGUAACAAUGUUACAUUCUCGUUAUUUUAAAAAAUAAAAUCAUGUAAACAUUUUCAAUUUAAAAUUCAAGAAAUGAGAAAACAAAAAUUCAUACACAACAAAAAUUUUUUCAACUAAUUCACUUCAAGUUACAUACACGCAAAAAAAAGGAAAUAGACAAGUAAAAAAGUAAAAAUCUUCCUAAACAAUAACACUAUUUAUAAAAAAAAAAAUUAUGUAGAUAUAUGGCUUAUAAAAAUUGUUGAGUGUGAAAGAUCUAUAUAAAAUUUAUAUUAAAAUUUGCACACCUGCAAGUUUAUCUUUUUAGUUACAAAAAUUUAUAUUACCUUUUAUUGACAGAAUAUGUAGGUAAACUUAAAAAGAUAUGCAAAUCAUUGGUCAUAAAACCGUAAUAAAAAUCGAAACUAGCCAUUCUAUUGCAAUUUAUAACAAUUUAAUGAAAAUCCACGAAAAAAUAAAAUGAAAUCUAUAUACUCUUAAAAUGUAAUGAAUUAAUAACGGUUCACAAAAAUAUAUUAAAACUUUAUUUUGAAAUUGCAUAAGUUUACGAAUAUAAGGCAAUAUUAUUAUUUAAGAGUUCAUGGGAGAAUUCGAACACACGUUUUAUCCAAUUACACCCAAAGGCUACUUUCACAAUGAGAUAGAAAAAAUAUGAAAUUAAUAGUUGCAUCGUCACUGAGCUUUGCCUUUUUAGUAAUGGGAU